AUGAGUGGCCAACCGACAACGACAUUUGACAAGCAGCAGAAGCACCACAACACAUCAUCUUUUCUUUCUCAUCCUUCUACUACAACAACAACCUCUCCUCAAUCGCCUCCUACACUGUAUCACAUCCAAAAUUAUGAUUCAAAUUCACCAUCGUUAUCCAACAAUAACAACAACACGUCCAACAAGAAUUCAUCCAAUUCCGCAUUUGAUAUUUCCAAUCAUUCGGAUUCGUGUUCUUCUCCACUACAACGAACGAAACCAUUCCUUGGAAAUAUUCGAGGAGGAGGAACAUUGACUUUGUCUGAAAAAUUAAAAUCAUCAUCGACAACAACAACAACAACGGACAAGAUGGAUACGAGUAGUAUGGACGCAAGUGCUGUGAUCUCAACCGAAGCGAUGGUUGAUGUUGUCGUACAGGAGGAGGAGAUUGAGGACGAUGAGACCAUGUUGGUCAUUGGUAACAAGAAUCGCAAACUGUCAAGUGCCAAAUUAGAUGAUGUAAUGCAAGAUGAAGAGGUUUAUGAUGAGGAGGAUGACGAUGAGGAAGAUGAGGGAGACAUGUCCACGAGCCAAUCAAACUCUAGAAAAGAUUUGAGUGAAAUUAGUUCUUCAGUGUCUUCAUCCUCUAGCUUGUCUUCUAGGUUUCCAAACAUGGCCAUCUUGGAUUUAAGUGCUCUAAAUAAGAAACCGAAACUGACUUCAGUCAUGCAACAUUCUUUCAUGAUCACACCCAAGCGAAUUGGAUCCAAUUUGGUGAACAGUUAUGACACUCAUCAUCACAACAACAAUGCGUUACAAGUUCCGAAUCAUGUGGAAACUCAUUCACAACAACAACAACAUGGUGAUCAAAGUGACACUGAGGAAGAGUUGGGAUUGUCAAAACUCAACUUAAACAAACAACGUUUUCAAACCAUCUAUUCCAAAACAUUGAACAAAUCCAACAAUUCAACAAUUAAGGAACAAGUUUACGUUCAUGGAAGAAAUAUAAGUUUUUCGAAAGAAGUAGAUGGUCAAGUGCUUUCUGAUGACGAAGAUGAUGACGACGAAAAAGUCAAUACCUCGUCACACAAUCGUCACAGAUUUAAACAUGAAAAGAGAUCUUCUGUGGUUCAACCCAUUGGAGACGACGACGACUUGGAUCUCACCUUAUCGAUUGGAAAAAACAAUUCUUUCACACGAAAACCAAACGUUUCUGAGGAAGAUGAAGACAUGGAUGACGCUUUGACACUCAAAGUGAAUACUCCAUUCAAAUCGAAAGAAAAAAAGCUUUCCACACUCAAUUUAUCAGCCACUAACUCAAAUACACGUGCCAUGACAGAUGACAAUUCUGAUUCACCAGCACUAUCACUUGGAGGUUUAUCUAAACAAGGAAACCUCAAUCAUCCACAAGAAGAUAAUAACAAACUAUCUCCUAAUAUGAAUAACAAGCCAUCUGGAACUCCAACAAAAAGUCCACACUCGGGUAAAUCCAUUUCAUUCAUGAUGCCUCCAACUCUCAAAAGUGGAACGAAUCCUUAUCAUUACAAUAAGCAUUGUGUGGCAGCAAGACCACCUGUGUAUUCUUUAGAGCGACAUGUCUUGAGUCAGGAUGAGGAGGACACACACGAUAUUUCGUCACCUCUUGUAAACAUUGAUCCAGAAUUGCUGAAAGAACAAUUAGAAUCACUUUAUGAAAAUCCAAACUCACAUCAAUGUCCAAGACUCAUUCGAGAAUUUGAAGAAUUGGAAGAAAUUGACGUUGUGACCUGGCUUCACAAGCGUCUCUAUUUUCGUACAGGUUUGAGAUACAUGGAUAUGAAUCGAUACAGCAACGUUUUACCCAAUGAUGACACUCGAUUCAAAUUAUACAAAGGAAUUGGACCAGUGUUGCAUGUUAAUUUCACAUCCUCCAGUUUGCCUCUUUCCAAUUUCGCUCUCCUGUCAAGUCAAUCCCAAGGGGUCACACCGCAACAACAAAGUCCAAUUUCCAUCACAAGUAGUCAUUCGAGUAAUAAUAAUUCGAAUGCAAAUACAAGUAGUACCAACACCAGCAAUCGAACCAUCUCUCCAAAUGCAGAAAUUCUCUCCACAUGGGAAGAAGACUAUAUCAAUGCCAAUCUCAUCAAAGCAAGAAAAGAAUUCUUAUUUAAUUGGGAUGAAUUUUCAAUGGUCUCCUCUCCACUCAGCAUUACUUCUGCGUCAUCCACAACAACGAAUAAUUAUGGAACUACUCGAAAGGAGAGAGAAGAACUUGCUGAACGUGUGAAUAUGGUCGAUUAUAUUUGUACGCAAGGUCCUCUCCCCUACACAGCAGCACAUUUUUGGAAAAUGAUUUAUCAAAGUAAUUCACAUGUGAUUUUAAUGAUCGGUCGAGAACAAGAAGAAACUGGUGUGAAAUGUGCUAUUUAUUAUCCAACACCAAAUAAUUCGGGAUCGAAUCCAAACCCAUUUAUUCUCUCUUCGACAUUGACCACUGCUUCCUCUCUCGAUGGUGUCUCUCCUCGUAACAUGCUCUCUGUGACUGGCAUGAAAAACAACACUGAUUCAUUUCUAAUUGAUGUGACACCUCCAAAGAGUAUCACUACAAAUACACAAAAAUGGAAACUCGAAGUCACCAUUCCAAAGAAUGACGAAGAAGAAGCUGUGAAAUGGAUCAUUCCAAAAGAACUCAUGCAACGAGUCAUUAAUCUCAAAUUGAAGCGAUCGAAAUCAUCAGCCACCAGUGUACCUCCAUCAUCAACAAAUGAUGAUGAUGAAAUUUUAGAUCAACGAAAAGUUUAUUUAUUGCAAUACGUGGGAUGGGUCGAUCAAAGUGUUCCUACACAAAUUCCAAUCAUUAUGAAAGUCAUUGAUCAUAUCCAUGACAUUUUCGAAAAGAGAAAACAAGAGCUCUUUUCAUUCAACCCUGUAUUGUCGUCUUCAACACAUCACAAUGCACAAAAAUUGUUGCAAGGAAGUGUACUCGACAAUAUUGGACCACUUGUAGUUCAUUGUUCAGCUGGAAUUGGACGAACUGGAACUUUUUGUGCAGUGGAUUGUGCUCUCAAACAAUUUAAGGCACACGUGUUGAAACAUGUCAUGUUGUUCAACAAAUCGAAAAGUUCUUCUACGGCGUCACCUCUUUCCACAAAUCCAUCUUCCAACACAUUGGUGAAUAUUCCAGCAUUUCCAUUUAAUAUUUUUAACAUUGUGAAAAAAUUGAAAGAACAUCGAGCUGGAAUGGUACAAACAGAGAAUCAAUACGAAUUCAUUUAUAAGGUGAUCAUUAAGAGUUAUAAGGAAAUUUUGAGGAAAUGGAAUUGUCAGAUGGUGGAAAAGAAGUCCAACCAACGUCAUCAAUAA